AUUUGGUGAAAAAAGAGUGAUCGAAAAUGGCGUCAGCGUCAGCUUUGCCGACAGCUCACUCGAGCCCAAGUCCUAGUACACCUACCAAUUUGAAAACUUAUGGAGAAAAGCCCAAAUCUUUUAGAAUCGAUCAAGAUGGAGAGGCAUUUUAUAUCGGCUCAGAGGUUGGGAAUUAUCUACGCAUGUUCAGAGGGUCGUUGUACAAGAAAUAUCCUUCCAUGUGGAGGCGACUCAUCACUUUGGAAGAAAGGAAAAAACUGGCAAAUAUGGGAUAUGGACACCAUUCUUUGGCAACAAAUAUCACUCUACUGAAAGCCUCUGAAGUGGAUGACAUCAUGAAUGGCUAUGACGAAAAAUACAAAGCAGUGUCGUUGAGUUCUGAUACUUCAUUUCUGACUCAGUCUGUCAAGAGCAAGCGAGGCAACACUUGGGUGCCGGCAAUCCCCAGCAGCUCACAUCACUUGGAUGCUGUGCCUUGCUCCACACACAUCAACCGCAACAGGCUGGCCAAGUCCAAGAUUCGAACCUUCCCCUUGUGCUUUGACGACACAGACCCAGCGUCGGUUCACGACAACGCCAGCCAGAGCGAGGAGCUCAUCCCCAUCAGGCUGGACAUGGAGAUUGAGGGUCAGAAGCUGCGGGACUGCUUCACCUGGAACAAGAACGAGACACAGAUUACCCCUGAACAGUUUGGAGAGAUCCUGUGCGACGACCUAGAUCUGAAUCCCAUCAACUUCAUCCCAGCCAUCGCUGGAGCCAUCAGACAACAGAUUGAGAAUACUUCAAACCCUGAGGCUGCCGAAGAGCAGAAUGAUCAGCGGGUUAUCAUCAAGCUGAAUGUGCAUGUGGGCAAUAUCUCUUUGGUGGACCAGUUUGAGUGGGACAUGUCAGAGCCGGACAACAGCCCCGAGGAAUUCUCCAACAAACUGUGUGCUGAGCUGGGUCUAGGCGGAGAGUUUGUGACGGCCAUUGCGUACAGCAUCCGAGGACAGCUGAGCUGGCAUCAAAGAACUUACGCAUUCAGUGAGGCGCCGCUGCCUACAGUGGAGGUCGCUUUCCGCAGUCAGAACGAGGCGGAUCAGUGGUGUCCCUUCCUGGAGACGCUGACAGAUGCCGAGAUGGAAAAGAAGAUCAGGGAUCAAGAUCGAAACACCAGGCGAAUGAGGCGGCUGGCCAACACGGCCCCCUCGUGGUAGUUGUGUGGACGCCCAGCCCUCCGGUCUACGUCACCGCCACCACCAAGGCCACUUGCUCUCAUGUGUCGGAGUGGGAUCAUACAGUACAGUCUUGAUGAACCCGCUCAAAGCCUAAUGUCUCCAGCAUUCAAGAAGGAAAAAUGGAUGUGUGCACUAGAGUCCCAUUUAUGAUGAACUUGCCUAUAAAACAGUCGCUGUCACAGGAAAA